UUUAAUUACUAUUUUUCUCUUUGUAUGUCUCUUGUUAAAAAAUCGAGUCAUCUUUACAUCAUCUUGCACCGCUUUUAUCUUCCAAACACACAAAAUUGCCAGCACGUUCCAGAUUUAAGUUCUUGAUAGAAAGACGUAAAGAAUUUAUUGUCUGACAAAGUAUUGCGCCACUUUCUUGGGGGCCGGUCUCAUUAAACAACAGUCACGAAAAGAUACAAGGGUUAUCACGCAAUGAUGUCAGGAACUUGAUUACGCAUGUGACGUUGUCACAUCUAGGAUCUGCAAGUAGACCAACACCGACCAACUCGAUGAAGCUAACACGAGUUCACUUUUGCAGCGAGCCGCACGAGGAAAUAAAGAAAUAAAAUGUCGCGUUCAGGAAACUAAAAGAAGGAAAAAAAAGAACCAACAAAUGCGCUCUCGAAAUAAUAUAUUAUAAUCGCAUUCGCUCCGACAUUAUAUGCGCGAGUCGUCGUUGCGAGCUUGAAGGCCUCUGAAGGCACUCGGCGAACCGUGACCCUCUUUUCUUCUAGGAAGCGUCAUUGAAUUGAAUCGAUGGCAUUGGCAAUGCCACGUUUGAUACCACCUGAUCAUACUAAUGACGUGACAUAAAAAUAUAAUGCAUUGUUCAGCGAACUGUUGCGAGUCCGGCCAUCAUCUCGAGCGUCCAUUUCGCUCCGCAAGCAGAUUUCUUCAGAUUUCUCAAUUUGGACUUUGGAGUUUUGUGCAGAGAUAUCUGAACAAUGCAGUUUUAUCUGUAACAGGUAUAGGUAUUUAGCUCAUCCGAAUGCGCUUAAUAUGGCUCAUCACCUUAUCACGUUAUCAUGUUUUUGCUGGAGCGUUGCAUUCAUUGUUUGACACCAUUCUGUAUUUUUAGAGUAUAUUCGAUAGUGCAGUAUAAACGUCGUCUCGAUCCGAACAGAGCUUUCUUUGAGCAAAUAAAUGGUUUCUUAAUCAAUCUUGCUGGUAUGUUUAAUUCGCGAGAACAUGCGGAUUGGAUUAAUGACUCGGCUGUGUCGUAAAUUUCAGUCUCUAUAAAUAUUUGCAGCGAUCUUUCAGAUCGAGAUGACGUUCACCGUCGUGUUUUCAUUACAAGGAUUAGUUAUGUCUCGUUUCGUAUGCUUUGGUACUGUUUCAUCAUUUAUUUGCAGAAAUACAUUCGUAUUUAUGCGAAAUAUUUGGAACGUCAUAUUUCAUAUUUUUCUUAUAAAAGAAAUAUUUUUGUAGAGGAAACAGUAUUUUAUUCUUCUUUUAUCUACUUUUCUACUAUUUCUUGCUAAUCGAGUUUUAUUCUGUUCUGUGAAAGAACAUUUAUAAUAUCUGUUGAAAAAGAAAAAUAUAUCUCGAGUGUGAUAUAUUCUUUUUCUUUUUUCUUUUCUCUCUCUUCUCUUUCUGGUUUAUGCUGUUAUCAUCAUCGAUCAGUUCCAAGCUCCAACCAGCUCGGCGGUCAGAAGCCGACUAAGCGACCGUUCUUGCCAUGCACGUUUGGAACCGUGAUCAAGAACGGAGUGCCGCUCUCAAUCCAGCCGAGUGGUCGCGCUUAUGUCGACGAUAUAAGUGCCCGAUUUUGCCAAGAAUUCAUUUAUUCCGAAGCUGGAACUCGUUGCGGCCACUCACGGCGUGAGACUCCUCGCAUUCCCGAUAGUAGCUGUUAUCAAUCGCGUUAUCAAAUUCUCGACGGCGACUCACACAAUUUCGCCUAUCUCCGAUUAAAUUAUCUAUGAACUUCCUGCGAGCGCGGAGCGAUUUUGCAAUUAUUUGUAAUCGGAGCAAUUUCUAACUUGAUGGUCCAAGAGAUUUCAGCAUCACCGAUUUAGAACCACGCGUGACUCUGUGACAUCACUGUUUCGCGCUGUGAUUGUGUUUGUGAUAAGUCUAAUUAUAAUAGCAGUAUAGUUAUUGUUGUACAAGCGAUUCGUCAGCCCAUUCUUCAUUGAGUGAGUAUGAUUUGCUAGCUGCGCCGCUUGACUCGUUAAAAAAUUCGCCACGAGCUACGCAGGAACCUACGUACACGAAGAGGAAGACCACCCAUCCGGAUCAGUCAGCAAAACAAUCUUGAAUCUCAGAUAUUUUUCACCAGUCAAAGAAGCAAAAGACUCUGAAAUCUCAAACAAAGAAAUAGAGACGAGGUGAAAACAUCAAUCAGCUGAUUUCAAGCUAGCUGAGGUGAAGAAACGUGUGCGUACGCGUAGCGAUCUUCAACGCGCGGAAGAGUGACAAGAAGUUUCUCGAGUUUGGGUGUGCACAGUGAUCGGCUUGAUACUUAGUCGACUGUUUCUGGUCUGGUCGAGGGCAACGGUGGAGGGAGAAGAAGGGAACCGAAGGUGGGAAUCGGAUUUCACGACGCGACGAAGGCGCGUCAUCCUUGGGAAAGGUAUAUCCAGUGCAUCGUAGGUCACGGUUUUAAACCGCUGGAGAACGCGGGAUUCCUUCUGUUUACGAAGGCGGGAGAUCGUUGAACCGCUGACGCUGGAUGACGUGCCAGUGAUUCAUCAUUAAUCGAGGUACCUUGAAUGAUCGCCGAUUUAUGAAAGAUCAGACGACUGACGUUCCUAUAAUCGUGGAAGAAUUCUUUUAUCCGUGAGAAGGGAAAAGGAGGCUCUGAUAUCCUUGUCCAGCGGAUUCGUACGGAUUGCGACAGGCCAGUAAAGAAGUGGUAGAAUUGACAGACGUCGCUUGCGAUUGAGGCGUCUACGACCGCACGGAAUAAUCACUUUUUUGUUUUUCGCGAGGAAAGAGGGGGAACGUUGAACUUGCUGCUCCAAUUUAUGCGAAUAAUUCAUCACUAGCAACGACGAGACGGCGCCAAUCACUCUUCACCCAACUCAGAUCACUUUAAAGGAGAAAUCAGGGACGUUGCUGACCGCGCGGGUUGUCUUCGCGCGAUCGUUUAGCUUCCCAUGGUCGGAGAAGCUUCUCGAAGCCCACAAAAGCUGCUAAAUCCGCUCUAGAGGCGUUCCAAAAGGAGAAGCAGCUGCGAGAUCGCAGUAGCAUAGGCGGGAGAAGCCGAAGACGAAGUGGUAUCAGUGACGAUGAAAGAGUAAGGGAAGCGAAGGCGAGUGGAAAAGGGAAAGUAACACGCACAUACAGCUGAGAAGACAGAUCGAUAGAGAGGGAAGAAGAGAGAAAGAGAGAAACGAUCUUACGAGUUCAACGUGGAACCGAUUUAGCAGACGCGCACGUGCUUGGUCUAGCUCUGAAAGAGGGAUAGAGAAAGAGAUAGGGCGGUUGUUGGGGAGUUGCAAGGGAAGCGUUGAAGGUAGACGAAGAAGAGAAGACACGACAAGGAAGACAGAGAAGAAAGGGAGGCACGGAAGAGAAGAGGAGAGAAGAAACGAGAAAGAGAGAGAGGAACUGAGUCGGCCAGGUCAGGUCGAUAGAGGAGAAGAAACACGACCCUUCCGAGACCGGUCCUCGUGAGAUGAACAAGGGCAGCCUGACAAACCCGCACAUCGCCGGGUUCGAUGAGGAGGCAAUCAUCAAGAAGACACGAUGGCGCAAUCUUGUCGCCUUUUGGAUCCUGGGCUUGUGCAACAAUUACGGCUACGUCGUGAUGCUAAGCGCGGCGCACGACAUCCUCGCCACCAAAUUCGGUGAUAAGGAUGACACAAAUAAGGACACGAUCAUACCAGGAAUUCGUACGUGCAAUGCGGUUUCGACCGGUGCUAUACUUCUGGCAGACAUCCUGCCAUCGUUGGCGAUCAAGAUGACGGCGCCUUUCUUGCCGUUUCUAGUGCAUGCUCGACUGGCUACCUGUGUGUUAUUUUCCGCUGCAGGAUUUCUCAUGGUGUCGUUGAGCACUACUGAAUGGCUUGCCAUUUUGGGCGUCGUCUUAACAUCGCUCUCUUCCGGCUUGGGUGAAGUUACCCUCCUCAGUUACAGCAACCAGUUCCCCAAAAACGUGAUCUCGACAUGGUCAUCGGGCACUGGCGGUGCCGGUAUUAUCGGCGCUGCAUCUUACGCUGGCUUAGCUGAGGUGCUCCCUCCAGAGACCACAUUGUUGGUCAUGCUGAUAGUGCCGGUCCUACAAGCGAUCACGUUCUGGUGCAUCCUGAAACAUCCGACGCACACCAGGAUCCCUAUCACCAAGAAUGGCAUCGAUAGCCAAGAGCAGAUCAUCAAGGUACCCGAGAAGACCUUCAGAGACAAGAUCAAUUUGGUGCCAGGACUGCUGAAGUACAUGAUACCACUUGGGUUGGUCUACCUAUUCGAGUAUUUCAUCAAUCAAGGCCUGUACGAGCUCAUCCAAUUCGACGACAUCUGGUUAACGUACAGCAAUCAAUACAGAUGGUUGCAAGUGGAUUAUCAGAUAGGCGUGUUCCUCUCGCGAUCAUCGGUGAACCUAAUUACCAUUAACAGGAUUUGGAUUAUGUCCGUGUUGCAGUUCGUCAACGUCAUAAUCCUCCUGUUUGAAGCCCUCUACUUCUACAUACCAAACAUAUGGAUCGUUUUCGCUAUUGUGCUAUGGGAAGGCUUACUCGGCGGCGGGGCUUACGUGAACACCUUCUAUCGGAUGUCGACGGAGAUUCCGAAAGCUGACCGCGAGGCCUCCAUGGGAAUCGCAACGAUGGCGGAUUCGAUCGGAAUAGCGCUGGCCGGAUGGAUAUCGAUGCCGGUUCACAAUGCCAUUUGCCAGCUACCAAAACCGACACGAUUAGGCAACUAGAGAUAUUGCGGGAUAUCCGCUAACGAGUGAUAAACGGGAAGUUUCCGCAAACGGAAACUUCUGCUUCCGAAAGUUCCUCGACGCAACACGUCGGCGUUUAGAGGAUAAUGGCGACUCUUCUUUAAGCAUUUAGCGAUUAUACGUAAGAUUUAAAAGUUUAAGCGGCAGAUCUUCCGAGCGUGAGUCUGUACAACGGAAAUAUAAUAAUUAAUUAUGUUAUAAGUGAAAAAUAAUAAAAAAAAGAGCGUAAGAUAAGAAAAUCUUCGACAGGACGCGAGCGGCGCGGUCGUGAAUUUUUAUCGUGUAAAUUCUUUUAUAAAUAGUAUUUAAUACAUUCUGCGAGCAUCUACAUUGCGCAGUUUUGGAAAAGUAUAAUAUACAGGGUGUAAGGCGAUUUAAUCAGUCUUGAUUACAAACUGAGUUUUAUUCGGUACAAAAGACGUUUCGAAAGACUAGAAACAUAGGACGUAUGUCGCGCAAUAUUCGAACGUAGUGUAUUUUAUUACUGCAACGCGGAUGACGAGCUCUUUGGAAGUACCAAGAUCCAAAAGGUCGAAAGAAAUUCUCUGAGAUGCACGCCGUACUCAGAACUCGCAUUGUUACUGCUAGCACAUUUAUUUUACGAUACUCUUCUGCGUUGAAAUUUUCAGUUAGAUCUAGUUUCUCUGUAUUCUAACGUACUCGAAUCUUUUUGAUUUGUUGCGAACAUUUGAUGUGAACAAUAAUAGUUCUGGCCUUUUUUUCUCUGUUAGUGUAAUUGAAAUUCCGCUAACUAUUAGCGAUCAUUAAAUUCCACUAACGAUUAGACUGUUAGCACGUUAGGUUUUGAUUUUUGCAUGGUUACCAUACCAUUUCCGGUUCACGACAAUGAAACCAAGUAUACAGCGCUCCCGUACCGUCGAGCGUCGAUUGCUCGAUGUUCGGUAACUCUAUUUCAGUAUUAGUAGGUAGAGUAAACGAAUCUUCCUUACACACCGAAAAAUUACAAAUCGCUCUUGGAUUAUGUCGCGUUACAUUCAUUCGCGGUCUAGGUAUAAAAGCUACUACUAGCUCGAGCUACCACAUUUCUACUUUGAUAUAUCGGCUGUACCGUGCGUACAGCUUUUGAUUGAAGGAAUUGCAAUCGAGUAUUACAAUCGAUUUUAAUAAAACGGUCGUCAAAGCGAAAACUCACAAAUAGUCUUCUGUAGGAUUCUUGUCUAAGAAUUGUGUGAUGGUGUGAACGAGUUCGAAGAAGCAACUUGACGUGGUUUUACUUUACGAAGGUUCGAUCUUUCCGAAAUAAUUAAAUUUUAUACUAUGGUUAUUUGAAUAUUAUUAGAGGAUUGCUAAUAGUAGACUCAUUUACGCACGAACUUGCAAGUGAAAUAAUUGAUUAUGUUAUAAAUGAAAUUGACAGGUUUAUCUGCUGUAAUAUUUCGAGUCGCGAAUUACACGAGAAUAUUUUAUAUUUUCUCUGCAUGUAGAAAAUAAUAAUUACUAUUCUCUAAACAGCUGGAAAAUCCGGAAUUUUAUGUGGAAUUUAGAGCUGCUUUUUCAAGCUGUCGUUAACUAUCGCACUUGACAGUCAUUUAGUUGCUUUUCAGUUUCAGCAACACUUCUUCCUUUUGUAUAAAAACCCCUACAAUCUCUUGAUGAGCGCGCGAUUCGCACGUGAUGAAACGAUGAACGAUUUUUACGUUCAGCAGGAUGUAUAUAGCGUAGAUAUACGAUGCUAGAGAUACGUUUACUUACAUUACGAUAAUCGAUGUCGCUUCCUCUAGUAAGUAAGAUAAACUUAGAGAGCGAGAAUGACCGCGAUUACUACGGAUAUCACUAUUGUCUUGAUGUAAUGCGAGUAUUUUGCUUACAGUGAAAUAAACGUCUAAUGAAAAUCC